CAGAAGGGCGGAACGUGUUACACAAUGAUCUUGUACUUUCUCGUAAGCUCGUUCAUAUAUUUCAUGGGUGAGGCGGAAAAUUUUUCUCCAGAUUUUAUUCCGGAGAACAUCACCGGAGGAAACAUCAACGAUCAGAUGGGAUCUCUAGCAGAGCAGGUCUGGGAAAAAUCCUUCAGCGACCGGCCAUGUGUGGUUUUGUGGUCGGAAAGCGGAAUGUUGGAAAAUUUCAAUCCGAAAUCGCAGCCUUCUAUUAUCAGAAUAUCAUCUCUUCCUGGAGAAAGCUGUGACACUUCCUCUUUAAAUCCGUUAAGAGCAGCAUUCGAGCAUAAUUGUAACAUAUACAUAGUGCAAAUUUCUAAGCCUAGUUGUUUCUUCGAAUUGUGGGACUAUGCGAGAGAUAAUAUUGUCCCUAGGCACAACCCAAAGUUGUUUUUCUUGCCAGUUUACCCCAACAGCAUAGACUACGGUGAAAGUCUUUUGGCAUUACCCAUUACAGAAAUCUCAGCGAACAUACUCGUCGCGGAGCUUGAAAUAUAAGAUAAUCGGCAGGUGAAACUAUCGACCAAUAACUUCGCAGUGCGAGUCGGGACGCCGAAUAGGACCGGAAGGAUACCUCUCGACGAAUGGAGUCCACAUCUAGGUUUCAAGAACAACGUCAAUCUCUACCCAAACAAAAUGAAGGAUUUGAAAGGAAAAGAAGUAAGAUUCACUGCUUUGCAGUAUUUGCCACACGUCAACCUCGAACCUUUUGAUGGCGAUGAAGCCAGGAUAUUUAUAGAAUGUUGCGAAAGGCAUAAUUGCACAAUAAAGGUUUACGACGACGAUGGACACCAGUGGGGCAACUUUUCAGGAUACAAGCAAGGAAAUGGAAUUGUCGGAAGAAUUUAUAAAGGUGAAGCUGACGUUGGAGGAGGAUCAUUUACAACAUUGAUAGAUUACUAUCCUCAUAUUGACUAUUCCAAAACCUACAUGCUUUCCGGUAUCACUGUACUUGUACCGAAGGCUGUUCAGCUGAGUGCCUGGAGGACUCCGUUUCUCCCGUUCGGUCUCGUGAUGUGGAUCGUCUUUUUCUGCUGCGUGAUCUCUUCUUCUUUAGGACUUUACGCUGUUACGGCACUCGCCGUCAAAUAUACACGUUUUGGCAAUAAUAUUAAGAAGAAAGGGGUAUUCACCUCAUUGACCGAUUCGAUGAUUAGAUCCUUCGGUAUGUCAGUGUUACAACAGCCGGCGUACCAGUUUGUCAAUUCGCCUGUCAGACACCUCUUCACUUCUUUUGAAUUUCUCUAUCUAAUCCUGACUGCUUGCUACUCUGCGGAACUAGCUUCCUACUUAACAUCCCCCCAAUACACGAAACCGAUAGAUACCUAUGAAGAACUAGCCAGCAGUGGACUGACCUGGAUCGCAGAUCAUCCUUUGUGGACCUUUGGAAUUUCUGCCAGCCACGAGCCUCGUGACGUAGCGGUAGUGAAGCAAUUCAGGGUAUUUCCGUUCCCCGAUAUAUUGAAAAAAGCAUUAACGGGAAAGGACGGAUUAGCAAUUGAGAGGAUUGCCGAAGGGCAUUACUCCCAACAUGCUCAUAUUACGGAAGAGGUCGUCGCUAAACAUCAUGUCAUGAAAGAAAUGAUCAAUGCCUCGCCGCUGACUAUGGUGUUUGAGAAAGGUUCGGCAUACGCCGAUAGCUUGGACGACCACAUUAACCGCCUCCAUAAUGGUGGAAUUUACAUAUACUGGGAGUACAAAAUGGCCAGAAAGUUACUAGAUUACAGGAUUCAAUUGGCAUUGACGUUUGCUAAAAAGGAAAGUAAGGGGAGCGACGAGCCGAAGAUCCUGACCAUCGAGCACAUCCAAGGAGCCUUUUUUAUAUAUGCAUUGGGAAUCUGCAUUUCAUUUGGUUUUCUCGCUUUUGAAUUGCUACAACACAAAAAUGGUGAAAAACUGCCAAACAAGUCAGGAACAAAUAUGACAAAAAAUGAGGAAAAAUCAACUGUCGAUUGUUGAAUCUUAAGA